AAUUCACCAGCUCGCCAGCACUUGGAGAACAGCAGGUGAGGAUGGAUGUGGUCGACAGCCUUCUCGUGAAUGGAAGCUACAUCACCCCUCCCUGUGAGCUGGGAAUCGAAAAUGAGACGCUUUUCUGCUUGGAUCAGCCCCAUCCUUCCAAAGAGUGGCAGCCGGCCGUGCAGAUUCUCCUGUACUCCGUGAUUUUCCUGCUCAGUGUGCUGGGGAAUACGCUGGUCAUCACCGUGCUGAUUCGGAAUAAGAGGAUGAGAACUGUCACCAACAUCUUCCUGCUCUCGCUGGCGGUCAGCGACCUCAUGCUCUGCCUCUUCUGCAUGCCGUUCAACCUCAUCCCCAACCUGCUCAAGGAUUUCAUCUUCGGGAGUGCUGUUUGCAAGACCACCACCUACUUCAUGGGCACGUCUGUGAGUGUAUCCACCUUUAAUCUGGUAGCCAUAUCUCUGGAAAGAUACGGUGCAAUUUGCAAACCCUUACAGUCCCGGGUCUGGCAGACCAAAUCCCAUGCUUUGAAGGUGAUUGCCAUGACCUGGUGCCUCUCCUUCACUAUUAUGACUCCGUACCCAAUUUAUAGCAGCCUGGUGCCUUUUACCAAAAAUAACAACCAGACGGCGAAUAUGUGCCGCUUUCUACUGCCAAAUGAUGUCAUGCAGCAGUCCUGGCACACGUUCCUGUUACUCAUCCUCUUUCUUAUUCCCGGAAUCGUGAUGAUGGUGGCGUACGGAUUGAUCUCUUUGGAACUUUACCAAGGAAUAAAGUUUGAUGCUAUCCAGAAGAAGUCUGCUAGGGACAGGAAACCGAGCACCGGCAGCAGCAGCAGGUAUGAGGACAGCGAUGGGUGUUACCUGCAGAAGGCCAAGCCCCGCAGGAAGCUGGAGCUUCAGCAGCUGUCCACCCCCAGCAGCGGCGGGGUCAACCGCAUCAGGAGUAGCAGCUCCGCGGCCAACCUCAUGGCCAAGAAGCGGGUGAUCCGCAUGCUCAUGGUCAUCGUGGUCCUCUUCUUCCUGUGCUGGAUGCCCAUCUUCAGCGCCAACGCCUGGCGGGCCUAUGACACGGCGUCGGCCGAGCGCCGCCUCUCGGGGACCCCCAUUUCCUUCAUCCUCCUGCUGUCCUACACCUCCUCCUGUGUCAACCCCAUCAUCUACUGCUUCAUGAACAAACGGUUCCGCCUUGGCUUCAUGGCCACCUUCCCCUGCUGCCCCAACCCCGGUCCCCCAGGAGCGAGGGGAGAGGUGGGAGAGGAGGAGGAAGGCAGGACCACGGGGGCCUCUCUGUCCAGGUAUUCCUACAGCCACAUGAGCGCCUCGGCGCCGCCCCCCUGA